GUUUUACUGAGUUCUAAACGUGCGUAUAAACUCUGACUUCACUGAUUAGAAUAAAAGGUGGCAAUUGUCACCUUAAUUAUUUGGAAUUUUUGGAAUCAUCAUCUUAGCCGACUUAAAUAAAUUAAGGCGCCACUUUUAGGUUGCCUAUCCGCAAGGUUACGAUGCAAGCCUACAUCCUGAGCACGGCGUGCUUCAUCUUCUGCGUUUCUUUAUUGACUUCGACUGUCGGCUAUAAGCCGGUUAUUAUAGUACACGGGCUAUUUGACGGCUCCAGAGCCUUGUCUAACUUGUCGCGCUUCAUCCAUGAGUCUCACCCAGGCACCGAUGUGACAGUGAUUGACCUUUAUGACAACAUUCAUAGUCUGACGCCACUGUGGAAACAGGUCGAGGGCUUCAGACAGAUCAUCUCCCCGAUCAUGCAGAGAGCCAGCAAUGGAGUCCAUUUAAUCUGCUUCUCUCAAGGUGGAUUGAUAUGCAGGGGGCUGCUCUCUGUCAUGCCUGAUCACAAUGUUCACACAUUCGUGUCCCUGGCAUCACCACAAGCUGGCCAGUACGGAGAAACUGUGUACUUGAAACAUGUUUUCCCAAAAUUUGUGAAGUCAAAGUUCUACCUCUUUUGCUACUCGCGUGCUGGACAGAAGUUCUCUAUCUGCAACUACUGGAAAGAUCCCCAUCACAUGGACAAGUAUCUGUCAAAGAGUGACUAUCUGGCUGUGCUGAAUGGCGAGAGAAUAACCAGCAGCGAAACAGGUUGGAAGACCAACUUCCUGCGCAUUAAGAAACUGGUGUUGAUUGGUGGCCCUGACGAUGGAGUCAUCACACCGUGGCAGUCUAGUCACUUUGGGUUUUAUGAUGAGAACGAGGCCAUUGUUGAAAUGAAGGAACAGGAAGUGUUUCUGAAAGACGCGUUUGGCCUGAAGACAUUGACCAAUCGUGAAGAUUUGGUGGUGUGCACCUUCCCUGGAGUGCAUCACACUGUGUGGCACUCAAACAAGACCGUGUACCAGGACUGCAUCAAACAGUGGAUUGUGUAGCGUCUCAAUAUGUCACCUUUGCAUUAUAUUUGCAUAUAGUCAGGCACGGAAUCCAGUACCGAUGAUUGUUUGCUGGCUUUUUUUGAGACUUGCGUAGGUUAUACUCUGGACUGGACUGUUCUCGUAUCAGAAAAAAAUCUUAUGUCAAACUUGCUUAUCAGUAUCUUUAAAUGUAUUUAAGUGUCUAAUUCAGUAUUUCUUCCAGUGAAUUAACAGCAUUAAUGAUCUACUUUGAUUAUACAAACUGUGUUGAUAUUUACUUUUGAAUAUUGGGGACAGACAGAUUUUACCUCUAAGAUCUGAAUGUCAUGCUGGAUCAUAUUAAGCUUCUAAUCAGUUGGCACUUCCUUACAGGAUACUUAAAUGACAACAUAAAAUCAGCACUUAAUAAAUGUACAGUUGGAAUAAACACUUUCUCACUAUUUAAUGAGAA